AACUAAUCAACUUUGCUUCCCCAUUGUAUAUUUUACCUGAACAAAGAUUAAUUAAACCCCAAAACCGGCCACAGUUGCAGCAGCUUCUUUGCAUGUUCAUCACCCCCUUUUCACCACUAUAAAUAUCCCCACUAAUUUUACCUGUGUGUUACUUCAUUACUCAGAUCAUUCUACAAAAAAAAAAAAAAAAAACCAAAAGUUAACCAUUGGCAUAAUGGGUUCAAAAGCAUUGCAGGCCUUUUUGGCCUUCUCACUGCUGAUCGUUGCAGCGGUUUCAGCAAACGACGAAGAAAUUGUUGUCCAGGGCCUGGGAUCUAAAAUUGGUACAGCAACACCAGGCAAGGCAUAUCCUAUAUUUCCAAAUCCCCUGAAUAAGGCUGCACCUCCUCCGCCACCUACUCCCUCCGUCAAGGCUCCUCCUCCUCCUCCCUCCGGCAAGGCUUCACCGCCUCCACCUCCUCCGCCAGUCAAAGCACCACCACCUCCUCCUACCCCAUACCCUCGAAACACAAAAGCAUGCUACCCAUUGUGCUUGGUGAGAUGCAAAUUACAUUCGAGGAAGAAGAUUUGCCUGAGAGCUUGCGUGACUUGCUGCGACAGAUGCAAAUGUGUUCCCCCUGGACAAUACGGCAACGCUUAUAAAUGUGGCGACGGAAAGUGCUGGGCUAACAUGAAAUUCCGUGGCCGCCCCAAAUGUCCUUGAGACUGAUUUCCACUCUUCACCAAAAAUAAAAUCCUAAAUCAACUAGUUUGUUUUGUUUAUCUGCUUGGAUGAUGAGAUGAUCUAUCAUUAGAUUAGUUAAUGUGUUAUGCUCUGUUACACCAGUGCCACCCAAAUGAUGUCUUGUUAAUGUUGUCCUGACUCUUGAUCAUCGUCAAUAAAUUUAAUUUAAUUUCAUUACAAUCUCGAAUUUAGUUGAUCAUGCAAGUUAUCAUAGGUACAUAACUAAAACAAUUUUGAUGUUCUAUCUAAAGCGCAACAACACG